AUGAGUGAGUUGGAGCAGUUACGGCAAGAAGCGGAGCAGCUGCGGAAUCAAAUAAGAGAUGCCAGGAAGGCAUGCAGCGACACAACUCUUGUUCAGAUCACAACCAGUUUGGACUCCGUAGGUCGGAUCCAGAUGCGAACUCGACGCACAUUGCGAGGUCACUUAGCUAAAAUUUAUGCCAUGCACUGGGGUUCAGACUCAAGGCUAUUAGUCAGUGCAUCCCAAGAUGGAAAAUUAAUUAUCUGGGACAGCUAUACAACAAAUAAGAUGCAUGCUAUUCCUCUACGGUCCUCCUGGGUAAUGACUUGUGCUUAUGCUCCAUCUGGAAAUUACGUAGCUUGUGGAGGUCUAGACAACAUCUGUUCCAUUUACAAUUUGAAGACGAGAGAAGGCAACGUACGAGUGAGCAGAGAGCUGCCAGGACACACCGGCUACCUUUCAUGCUGCCGUUUUCUAGAUGACAACCAAAUUGUUACAAGCUCUGGAGACACGACUUGUGCGCUGUGGGAUAUAGAAACAGGGCAGCAGACCACAACCUUCACAGGACACACUGGAGAUGUGAUGAGCUUGUCUCUCAGCCCCGACAUGAGGACUUUUGUCUCUGGCGCUUGUGAUGCUUCUUCUAAGCUGUGGGACAUCCGUGAUGGAAUGUGCAGGCAGUCAUUUACUGGACAUGUGUCUGAUAUUAAUGCAGUCUGUUUUUUCCCCAAUGGGCAUGCCUUUGCUACCGGCUCUGAUGAUGCAACAUGUAGGCUGUUUGACCUGCGUGCAGACCAGGAGUUGAUGAUGUAUUCGCAUGACAACAUAAUUUGCGGUAUCACAUCGGUAGCGUUCUCUAAAAGUGGUCGUUUGUUACUAGCGGGAUAUGAUGACUUCAACUGCAACGUAUGGGACACUUUGAAAGGUGAAAGAGCAGGAGUCCUUGCUGGUCAUGAUAACCGAGUGAGCUGUUUAGGUGUAACCGACGAUGGCAUGGCUGUAGCUACAGGGUCUUGGGACAGUUUUCUCAGAAUCUGGAAUUAA